UAUCUUUCGCCUCGCAGAUACUAGGCCCUCUAUGUUCGCGUCUUCUCCGGAUGGGUGCUGCCCGUCGACAAACUCCGGAUUCCGAUUAUCUCAGAACUUGUGUCGCCCUCACUUCCGAUCUCCUCCCUCCCAAACCGCCCUGCUGCGGCGGAGUUAGGAUGGGAUGGGAGGAUGGGAGACGCGAAGCCCGCUCCGCAGAGCACAACUGCUGUGUGCAGCGGGGAGCGUCUGUCAAGCAGUGGGAGGAAACAGAGCUUGGAGCCACCAGCCCACUCGAAGGCGAAACUCUCCUGAAACCCGCACCUCCUCCCCUCCCGCCCCCAGGCUUCUGCUGAUUUCUUUAGGGAGGUGGUGCGGCAAGGCAACUUUUGGGAACUUGCAGGAAAGGGGUGUGUGGCGAACUGGGACGAGCGUAGAAACGUGACCCUUCUCGAUCCCGGCUGAGGACUCCCACGCCCGGCGCAGCGGGCGGCCCCGGCCGCUGGCAGACCCGCGCGCCGUCGCAAGCGGCCGCGGAGCGCAGCCAGGCGGGCGGGGCGAACGAGGGCCCCUCAGGAUCAGUUCCCGGUCCGGCCUCGCGGGGGCGCCGGCGCGGCGAUCAGGUGACCGAGCGCUCGGCCCGGGCUGCGGGAAGCGGCCUCGUUCUCAGCCGCCGGAGACGCUGCCGCCGCUGCCGCCGCUGCCGCCACACCUAGUGGAGGAGACGGGGAAGGCGGCUCGGUGGGGGCUGGGGCGGAGAGCGCCGGGGGUGGGGACGGAAGGGCGGCGGGCGGAAGGCAGGAGGCUGCCGGGGCGCGGGCUGCUGCGGGGAAGGGACCCCUAAGCGUCUGCCGCGGCUCGCUCUGUCACUGGAGCGGAAUUGGGGCGCACGGGCAUGGGCGCGCUCCCCUGAGGCUUAGGUCGCGGGUGGGAGGGGAGGAGGCCCGAGAGAGGUUGCGGCGGCCGCGGGCCGGUGACUGGGCGCGAGGAGGCCGGCGGCGGCGGCACCACCACCACCACCACCACCACCACCAUCACCAUCACCAUGUCGCGCUCGGUGCUGCAGCCCAGUCAGCAGAAGCUGGCGGAGAAGCUCACCAUCCUCAACGACCGGGGCGUCGGCAUGCUCACCCGCCUCUACAACAUCAAGAAGCAAGGACAAGUUUGGAAGGCAUGUGGAGACCCCAAGGCAAAACCAUCCUACCUUAUUGACAAAAACCUGGAAUCUGCUGUGAAAUUCAUAGUCAGAAAGUUCCCUGCUGUAGAAACCCGCAACAACAAUCAACAGCUUGCACAACUACAGAAAGAAAAAUCAGAGAUUUUGAAAAAUCUGGCAUUGUAUUACUUCACAUUUGUAGAUGUUAUGGAAUUUAAGGACCAUGUUUGUGAAUUGCUGAAUACUAUUGAUGUUUGCCAAGUCUUCUUUGAUAUUACUGUAAACUUUGAUUUAACAAAAAACUACUUAGAUUUGAUCAUAACCUAUACAACUCUAAUGAUACUGCUGUCUCGAAUUGAAGAGAGGAAGGCAAUCAUUGGAUUGUACAACUACGCUCAUGAGAUGACCCAUGGAGCAAGUGACCGAGAAUACCCACGCCUUGGUCAGAUGAUUGUGGAUUAUGAAAACCCUUUAAAGAAGAUGAUGGAAGAAUUUGUACCCCAUAGCAAGUCUCUUUCAGAUGCACUAAUUUCUCUUCAGAUGGUAUAUCCUCGAAGGAAUCUUUCAGCUGACCAGUGGAGAAACGCCCAAUUAUUGAGUCUCAUCAGUGCACCCAGUACAAUGCUUAAUCCUGCACAGUCUGACACCAUGCCUUGUGAAUAUCUCUCUUUGGAUGCAAUGGAAAAAUGGAUUAUCUUUGGCUUUAUUUUGUGCCAUGGGAUCCUAAAUACUGAUGCAACAGCACUGAACCUUUGGAAGCUAGCUCUUCAAAGUAGCUCUUGCCUCUCUCUCUUUCGGGAUGAAGUUUUCCACAUUCACAAAGCUGCAGAAGACUUAUUUGUAAACAUACGAGGCUAUAAUAAACGUAUUAAUGACAUAAGAGAAUGCAAAGAAGCAGCUGUGUCACAUGCUGGUUCAAUGCACAGAGAAAGACGCAAGUUUUUAAGGUCUGCGCUGAAAGAAUUGGCUACGGUCCUCUCUGAUCAACCUGGCUUGCUAGGUCCCAAGGCACUUUUUGUUUUUAUGGCAUUAUCCUUUGCCCGUGAUGAAAUUAUCUGGCUACUUCGUCAUGCAGAUAACAUGCCAAAGAAGAGUGCAGAUGACUUUAUAGAUAAGCACAUUGCUGAAUUAAUAUUUUACAUGGAAGAGCUUAGAGCGCAUGUAAGGAAAUACGGACCUGUAAUGCAGAGGUAUUAUGUGCAGUACCUUUCUGGCUUUGAUGCUGUUGUCCUCAAUGAACUUGUGCAGAAUCUUUCUGUUUGCCCUGAAGAUGAAUCGAUCAUCAUGUCCUCUUUUGUUAACACUAUGACUUCCCUAAGUGUAAAGCAAGUUGAAGAUGGAGAAGUGUUUGAUUUCAGAGGAAUGAGAUUAGAUUGGUUCAGAUUACAGGCAUAUACUAGUGUCUCGAAAGCUUCACUUAGCCUUGCAGAUCACAGAGAACUUGGAAAAAUGAUGAAUACGAUAAUUUUUCAUACAAAAAUGGUGGAUUCCUUGGUGGAAAUGUUGGUGGAAACAUCAGAUCUCUCCAUAUUUUGUUUUUACAGUCGUGCUUUUGAGAAGAUGUUUCAGCAGUGUUUGGAGUUACCCUCUCAGUCAAGAUACUCAAUUGCAUUUCCACUACUUUGCACUCAUUUUAUGAGUUGCACACAUGAACUGUGUCCAGAAGAGCGACAUCAUAUUGGAGAUCGCAGUCUUUCCUUGUGUAAUAUGUUCCUGGAUGAAAUGGCCAAACAAGCUCGAAAUCUCAUCACUGAUAUUUGCACAGAACAGUGUACUCUUAGUGACCAGUUGCUGCCCAAGCAUUGUGCCAAAACCAUUAGUCAAGCAGUGAAUAAGAAGUCAAAAAAACAAACUGGUAAGAAAGGAGAACCUGAAAGGGAAAAACCAGGAGUUGAGAGCAUGAGGAAAAACAGGCUGGUAGUGACCAACCUUGAUAAAUUGCACACUGCACUUUCUGAGUUGUGUUUCUCUAUAAAUUAUGUACCGAACAUGGUGGUUUGGGAACAUACCUUUACCCCACGAGAAUAUUUGACUUCUCAUCUGGAAAUCCGCUUUACUAAGUCAAUUGUUGGAAUGACUAUGUAUAAUCAAGCCACACAGGAAAUUGCAAAACCAUCAGAGCUUCUAACAAGUGUAAGAGCAUACAUGACUGUACUCCAGUCGAUAGAAAACUAUGUGCAAAUUGAUAUUACAAGAGUAUUUAAUAAUGUUCUUCUUCAACAAACACAACAUUUAGACAGUCAUGGAGAGCCAACCAUUACAAGUCUAUACACAAAUUGGUAUUUGGAAACUUUGUUAAGACAAGUCAGCAAUGGUCAUAUAGCUUAUUUCCCUGCAAUGAAAGCAUUUGUGAACUUACCUACAGAAAAUGAAUUAACAUUCAAUGCAGAGGAAUAUUCUGACAUAUCAGAAAUGAGGUCAUUAUCAGAACUGCUAGGCCCAUAUGGUAUGAAGUUCCUAAGUGAAAGCCUUAUGUGGCAUAUUUCAUCUCAAGUUGCUGAACUUAAGAAACUUGUGGUGGAGAAUGUUGAUGUGCUGACACAAAUGAGGACCAGCUUUGACAAACCAGACCAGAUGGCUGCACUCUUUAAAAGAUUAUCAUCUGUUGACAGUGUCUUGAAGAGGAUGACAAUAAUUGGUGUAAUUUUAUCCUUCCGCUCAUUGGCUCAAGAAGCACUUAGAGAUGUUUUGUCCUACCACAUUCCUUUUCUUGUAAGUUCAAUUGAAGAUUUCAAGGAUCACAUUCCAAGGGAAACUGAUAUGAAGGUUGCAAUGAAUGUGUAUGAAUUAUCAUCAGCUGCUGGAUUACCUUGCGAGAUUGAUCCUGCCUUGGUCGUAGCUCUUUCCUCACAAAAAUCAGAAAACAUAAGUCCAGAAGAAGAAUAUAAAAUCGCCUGCCUCCUCAUGGUCUUUGUGGCAGUGUCUCUGCCCACAUUGGCCAGUAACGUGAUGUCUCAGUACAGCCCUGCUAUAGAAGGGCACUGCAACAACAUACAUUGCUUGGCCAAAGCCAUCAACCAGAUCGCUGCAGCUUUGUUUACAAUUCACAAAGGAAGCAUUGAAGACCGUCUUAAAGAAUUUUUGGCGCUUGCAUCCUCCAGUCUACUGAAAAUUGGCCAGGAGACAGAUAAAACAACAACAAGAAAUAGAGAAUCUGUUUAUUUACUGCUAGAUAUGAUUGUUCAGGAGUCCCCAUUCCUGACAAUGGAUCUUUUGGAAUCUUGUUUUCCUUAUGUCUUGUUGAGAAAUGCAUACCAUGCUGUCUACAAGCAAAGUGUUACAUCUUCUGCAUAAAAUAUCUACUUAUUGAAGAGAAGCACGCAUUUUUGUUGCCUUGGUUUUACCUGUAAACUGUGGAGCUAUUUUACCUUAAGGCCUGAAAAACAGUUUUGUGGAUUAUAAAUUUAUUUCUUUCAUACGGUUGUAUUUUCUGAUCAUUGGUUUCUUAAUAUGGUUGUACUGCAAUAUACUUGGUUGAUUUAGGUUGCACAUUCACUGAAUUCACAGAAAUUAUUCCCAUACUUUUAGACUAUCAUUUGUUUGAAAAACAUACAUUAUCUAUAUGUUUUUGAUAUUUGAUAAUGAAAAAGAAAAACCUCUGCUUGUUUAUUUCUGAAAAAGAAUUGUAUUUAGUGAUUAUUUUAGAUAGUGAUAUAGCAUUCAUCUGUGUGUAAAUUAUUUCAUAUAGGGAAGAGUUCUGAUCAGUACCUAUGGUUCUUAUUGAAAACAAAACUGGAUGUGCAUUUCUGUGAUGUUAUGAAUACAUUUCUACUUUAUUUUGAAACACUUGCCAAACUAAAUACUAUAACACUGUAUAACAUUAGAAAUGUUAAAGGACUGCUUAGCAUUAGAAGCAGACUAUGUCCCGAAAUUCUAAAACAGCAGCAUAUGUUGUUGCUUGUAUAAAGCCUAGUGAUAAUUUUUAGACUAACUUCCAUGGUGCCCUGUUGGCAUUAGCACUACGAUUGUACCCUGCUGUAUGAUAAACAAUCUUAGACAUUUAUCAACUGUUGAUACAAAUGUUAGUCCCUAACCACUUUUUAUAUGUUUUAAAUUUUUGAAAUUCAAGUGUACCUGCCAUAACAUAAAAUAAACACUAGACUGUA